AUAAGCUUUAUAUUACCGCGAGGUGCUUACUACCAGUGUUGGUUGGUUAGUUGGUUCCUUGCUGUGGCAAUAACUGGAGCUGUCCUCUAGAGCAGUGGACUUGAUUUUUUCCCCGAGUUUUUCUCUCUGCCUAGUGUUCUGGCGCCAAACUCUUGGGCGAGAAAAAAGUGACACGGCUGAUACUCUUUGUGCAGAAGUAUGAUGAACAAUGGUGCACUGUAUCGUUCGAUCAACAGGCCACACCCGCCAAUCACAGGUGCGUCUUCUGCUGGUACGCACAGCUUUAAUGAAGAUGGAGGCGUGGCAGGAGGAUGGAGACGUGGAAUCGUGGUGAGCGAUGAGGAAGACGAUUCUUGGGAUGACGAUGAAGACUCCACCACGUCUGAGGCUUUGAACUGCAGGAAAGAGUUUGAUGGGGCGAAGGGGCACCUAAGAACGGAACGACUACGAGAACUGCUGGCCACUGAACGGGAGUAUGUGAAGGACCUUGAGACUCUCCUCCAGUUGGCUGAGAGGAGCCAGACAACCGUUGUGCAGCUGCCCGCCAUGUUAAGCAACACAGAGGAGGUGGUAAGAGUGGCACAGCAACUGGUUGAGGGACUGGAGGAGACGCAGAGCGGCAGUGACCAGGAGCAGCAGCUGGGUCAGCUUUUCCUGAAGUUCUCAAAGCGGCUGAGUCAAGUGUACCAAGAAUAUUGCUCCAGUUACAGUAUCCAUGUCUUACCCCUUUUAGAAAAGUAUGAAGAGUCUGAGGAUGCGAAGGAGGAGCUGUCACACCUGGCUGAGGACCUGCACAGCCUGCGGCCUCAUAUUCUCUCGCUUAGCACUGUCCUCAUCAAGCCUGUUCAGCGCAUCCUAAGAUAUCCCCUGUACCUAGAACACCUUCUGGAGGACACCCCAAGCUCCCACCCUGAUUUCCCCUUCCUCCAAGAGGCUCACCUCCAUCUCACCGAGGCAGUCACUCAGAUCAAUGAGUACACACGUGGGCUGGGCUUGGUGUCGAAGUACCAUUUAGAUGACGAUCACUCACUGCAAGCCAAAAUGCGGCGAGUAAGUCUUCAUUCCUUGGCCAAAAAGUCCGCCCGCGUGUCCACUCUCCUCUCUCAGCGCCUAGGCAUCACGAGUCAGAGUGAAUGCAUAGAGCUAGAAGAGGAGGAGACCAAAUUUCACAGUAUGCAGAGUGCAGUGGUGGCGCUGGUGAGCCACACGAAAAGCCUCCUGGAUGCAGUGUUACUCAGACAUACCUCCGAGUUGCUCGUCUCCAUGGGCCUUUGGGAUAUCCUGCAUACGUCAUUAUAUCCGCUUCAUACGCCCUUUGUAGAGGCUAUGAGGCAAGCAGCAUUGGAGUCCUUUAACCAGGUUUUCAAGGCAUUUGAGAAAGAAAUAACCCAGCGAGUGUUACGCCCGGCAACAGAGCUGGCUACACUGUGCGAGGUCCCUGCACGGCUCAUUCAGAAGCGUCAUCUCAAAAAGCUUGAUUAUGAUGCUGCUCAAGCUAAGCAUACUGUGAAACAUGAAAGCACCAGCAGUGUUCAUACCAAAGUAUGUGAAAAGCAAGAAAAAGUGAAAGCCUACGAGGCUCUUCAAACUCUUCUUCUGACUGAACUGCCGGUGCUGAACUUCAACGGCCAGAUGGUGGUUAUCACAGCUUUCCACGCCCUCGGUGCUGCCCGCCUCUACCUGCAGGGACGAAUGGCACGUAUUUACCUGCAGCUAACACAGGGUGACAGUUUCCCUUACACCACUCCGGAAGCUGCACAGGAAACAGCACAGAAACAGGUGGAGUGGUUGCUAACACUUCUACCACAAAAUCUGCAGAAAAAAUAUAUCAGCAAGGACCCCGCAGGAACCGCCACCAUCAGGAAGAAGACCACUGCAAAGAAAAAUAGGCGGAAGAGCCUCCCUGCUGAGUACUUAAAAGGUUCCACUACAACUCUGCACCCUCCUGUCAAUCGCAAAACCUCAGCCUUUCACGUCCCUCUUCCUCAGCCAGAGGCCUACAUAGCUCUGUACACCUAUGCAGCAGAGGAUGACACUCAACUCACCCUGAUGCCUGGCCAGAAGGUGGUGCCACUCCUCAAGGACAGUUCUGAGGAAUGGUGGUUUGUUAAGGCAGACAGUGGUAAGAAGGGUUAUGUUCCAGCAUCCUACCUCACCCCUUAUAUUCUGGACUAAUCUUGCUCAAGGAAGGAUGUAAGACAUAAUCUAGAAGACGCACCAAGAUGGUAAAAAUGAGUGCCACCCAGGAAAUAAUUUGUCUUCUUUGGGAAAGCCGAGCCAUGGUGAAUUUUACAUUUAUCGGAACGUGAUAUUAUUAAACUCUUCAUUUUAUAAAAAAAAUACUUUAUUCCAAAAUUUAACAAGAGUUUAGAUUUAUACGUGUACAGGGAGAAUGUGGAGUGAGCCGAGGAUCAGAGAGAGAGAGGAUAUUUCACUGAGCAUUUGUUUUCCCAUCACGCACCGUAUCUGUGACGUCACGCCCGCCAGCUGCUUAACUGGUGCCCACUGGAGCCCAAACCCCUUAUUUAAGAAGCUAAAAUGGAUGUUUGUGCUGUGUUUGGGUGUUCCAGCAGCACAAGGAACUAAGGAAAGAGUGGCCUAAGGUUUUACAGGUUCCCCAGAGACAAGAAAACCUGUCGAAAGUGGAAAAUAGCGUGUCGACGGGCGGAUAAAUAUGACGCCAGAAAUGCCGCGUGCGCUCUCGUCACUUCUUAAAAAGUGAUUAUUCUCCAAGGAGUGAUGGUGCCACUUGGGGACUAAAGGCUACAAGGGCACUGGAGCCAGGGGCUGUACCAUCUGUACAUAUUCCAUCAAAACCACAUGCAGGUGUGUAUAGUGAAGCAGUGAAGAUGAAGGUGACUGGCGGUGGCGGGGCGAGUGUUGUGUCGAGUGCAGGGACAGGCGAGUGGCGGCACGUCCCAGAUGAUGGUACAGGCCCUCCUCCAGUGCCAUUUACAGGUGCCAGUGGCUCAAUUCAGAGCUACUGAUUGAUGUUGAUUUAUUGAUUGAUUGAUUGCGCAUUUGCUUUGGGCAAGCCUCUCACACUGAAUUACAGGGAGUCACUAAGGACAGGAAAUGUGCCAAUAGACUUUCAUAGUCACAUGAACUGUUUAACAGUUAACAUUCUCUGUACGUGCGUUGCACCAUCUUUAUAAUUAUACCACCAAAUUUGUCACACCAUCUAGGGGCUGGGUUCUCAAAUUGGUAUCAUAAUAAAUCAGCUGCCUUAGAAGAAUAAUGUGCAGAGUUACUUUAAUUAUAACUAUUUUCUCUUUGAUGUUGUGGGAGUGUAUCUAGAAAAAAGUAGUAAUAGUUUUAUAAAUCUAUGCGUACCACUGUUGAGUUCUGCUGGAAACAUUAAAAUUCCUGGAAAUUUAGUGAGGCAAAUGUCACAUUAUGUAUUAGUAGGCUAGGCCAGUUUUUGCAUCACUAUAAGGCACGGCAUUCCUUACUUCCUUACUGCUUUAGUCACCGAUAUUUUGGUAGGGAUACAAGAAGGAAAUAUGAAACACAUAUAGUAUAGUAUGGACGAAAUACAGCAUCUGUGACAGCUCAACUUCAGCAUUUCUUGUUGUUCUCUUGGAUAUUUUUCUCGAUUUGGUGCAUAAAUGUUCCAGCCUAUUCCAAAACUUUCAUUCUGUACUAGUUUAAUAUUCUGCUGCAUUGAAAUAACAUAACAGAAAGGGCUUUCCCAUACUUUCGCCAUGGCUUUGGGCACCAGUGCGCACGAGAUACGAGCGUGACGUCAUCGUUUCCUGUGACAUCAUAACAAUGACGUCCGAGCGAAAUAUCAUCUCUCUGAUCCUUGAAGUGAGCGCCGUGUUCUCAAGUGACGGCUUGGUUUGAACUGAAGGUACCUCCAAGCUAUAGUUGAGGCUUGGACGAAUGUCAGCAACUGGAUGUUGUGUUGCUGACCUCACAGAAAAAACACAAGUGAUAAUCAGGUGGUGUAGAAUUUUCCGUCCAUAUCAGUGUUCGUGCACGUAGACAGUUUGGUCCAUAAAUUGUGGAUAUAUUGUUUUAUACUGAAAAAAAAAUGUUGCGCACGGAAAAAAUGAAAGUGAUAUAUUGUACAUACAGAAAUUAUAUUAGUAUAUAAAUACGACGUCAAUGGAGUCUCAAAAUAAUAUUCAGGUUAUACAUACAUAGGGCAUUCUCACCAAUAUGAAAACUACGCACAUGUGCAUGAAAUGUGGAAUCUGUGCCAAAACGAGCGCAAAACCCGCACCGACCAAAAGGAGCCCAAUAUUUUUAUUUUAUUUUUUUAUUUCGUUGGGGAUAUUUUUAUUAAAAACAUGCAUGUUGCGCUAAAAACGAGAAAGGUAGAAAAUGAAGACAUACUUUAUUCAAACCUAUAAUACUAAUUCUAUUAAUAAUAAUAAAGAUAACAAAUAAAUUAAUAAAUAUAUAUAUAUAUAUAUAUAUAUAUAUAUAUAUAUAUAUAUAUAUAUAUAUAUAUAUAUAUAUAUAUAUAUAUAUAUAUAUAUAAUUUUCUGUAAAGGAUAUAUCAUGUAUAUACAUAGGGUAUAUAGAAAAUCUUGUUUCAGAUGCAGUCAGUCAUAGACAGUCUUAUUCAAUAGCUAUAUCAAUAUGGUUAUCAUAAUCAUCACUACUUGAAGAGUAUAUGUCUUGGUUGAAAAUUGCUAACAUUUCCUCUGUGGGAAGAAACUUAUGACAGCAUAUGUCAUGUCUUUGCAUAUACGCACGUAUAUGUAAAGUAUUCUCUAAACUUGUAUGCUGCAUCCUGUUUUUAACUUAUUUUUUAGUAGAUUCAUCUAGGAGAAUACUCGUUCAACAGAGGCAUUGCUGAUUGGAGGAGGUAGCAUAAACAAAGCAAACCUCCCUAUUUCCUGGAAAUCUUGAUCUCCUGAGGCGUCCCUUUGAUCGUACACUGAAAGCCAGAAUUUUUCUGCAUCACCAUGUGUAUCUUUGGGCCAGGUGACAGUCCCAAUCCGCUGCCACUGGCUUUGUGUCAGUGUGUGUGUUGUGUAGUGGACGUGAAAAUGAUGGGUGCAGGCAAGAUUUAAAGAUAUAUUUGAGAUGAGUCAAUACGGUCUUGAUAAGGUCGUCCCCUCAUAUGAUAAUCCCCCUAAAGAGAGGGGAGAGGAUUUCACACCCGACUGCUAGCUGUGUGUCAGUGUGUGUGUUUUGUGGUUUAUGUGGAAAUGAUGGGUGCAGGUAUUUGGGAUGGUUCAACGUCGCGCCCUCAUGAUAAUCCCCCUAGAGCAGGGGUUCCCAACCUUUUUGUUCCUCUGUACCCCUUGGGCAUUUUUAUAGGUUCCCGUGUACCCCUAAAAAAAUAGGAUAAAAAUAACGAAAUUGUAAUAUUUUAAUAUUAUUUUAUAAUGAUAUCUGUAUGUGUAGACUGAUGGUAUAAUUUAAAUAGUUGUUUUGCUUAUUUAAAAUGAGGAAAUUGAAAAAAAACACGACAUUGUGCAAUUUGAAUGCAGAUUACAACACCAUGUAUUGUACAGUACUGGUUAUUCUCUUGGACCCAAUGUACCCCCUGAGAAGUGCAAAUGUACCACUGGGGGUACAUGUACCCCAGGUUGGGAACCCCUGCCCUAGAGAGAGGGGAGAGGACUUUCAAGUUCGUUGUCUCACCCCCCUUGGGAGCGUCCCUGUUUUAGGGCCGCCAAGGCUUCAUUAAUAUUGUGUUCUAUUAUUACACCAGUAUAUCUUCAUUAUUGUAAACUUUCUUACAUUAAA